AUGCAGCAGCUGCUUCAACAGCAGUAUCAGCAGCAGAGAUUAUUAUCAGUCUUUCUCACUCAUACAGAGAUGCAAGAGUUUCAAAAAAAACCCCAGCCCAAUCCUGCAUAUAAAGAGGAAUCGAUCAAUGCAUUGUGGGCGACAGCAAGGGCACACGGACAAAAACAACCAUCGCACGAGGAGAGUCCUCGCCAGCUUCCUCUCGCCAAGCCAGUCUGGAUCGAAGCGUCUCACCUUCUCCUCCUCCACCUCCGUCUCGCCCUUCUCGCCCUCCUCCUCUCCUCGGCCGUCCGCCAAUCCACGUUCUCAGGCCAGCGACGGCUUGUCACAGAUCUUGCGCCGCCGCAUGUUUCGAGUUGCGGCCAGAGCCAAUCAGGGCCCAUAGCCGCCGAUCUUUGUUUUACCUUUCGCUGGGCCUCCAAGGUUCAAACCUCACCCACUCCUUCAACCUCGGGAUUUCAUAGUGUUGCUCCGCCUGAGGUUGUCGUUGUUGUUGCUGUUGCUGUUGUCACUGGUGGUGUUUCCAGCGGUGUCGCCUUCACGGUCCGUUCGUUAUUCAACUCCGCACGCCCCGCCAGCUCUACAGGCCUCCACUUCGCUUCGAUCGAACCCUCUCCGACAUUUGUGCCUUUCCCGGGCACCUCUUCCUAG